AUGCCUUUAGAGGGCAUUCUGCCGGUUCACCAACAGCCUCAACAGCAACAGCAACAGCAUCAACAACAAUCACAAGGAGGUCCUCCGCAAGCUAGAACUGGGGGACUUCCACCAAUUACUCCACAAUUUUUAGCUUCGCUCAACCCUCAACAAAUGCAAGUUCUUAAGAACCUUCCACAGUUUCAAGAAGCAAUGAGACAGUAUAGGCAACGCCAGGAGCUUAUGCAAAACCCUCAAAACAAGAGGAUUAUGAAUAAUAUUCAACAACAGAUGCUGCCACAAAGUGCAUCAGAUGGUGUGGGAGUAGGAACAGGGUUUGGUGUUGGAGGACACACUGAGCAGAUGCUUGGUUCUCAGCAAUUCCAAGAUCUUCUGAUGCAGCUGAUGAGCAAUGAGCAGGUAAUUAGACUUCAGCAGCAACAAGCUCAACAACCACAAGCUCACAUUCAAAAUUUACAAAAUACUCAAAAUAUCGCACAACAAUCUCCACCCAACUUUCAACCACAAUAUCCUCAUGACUUACCAUAUAAGAGAAAUGUUCAAAACCAAAUGUCGCCGCAAUCCGUGAGUAUGCAGAACUUGGGUAUUCCAGGCGGACUACCAAUCAAGAAGGUACCUAGUCGAGUGCCUUCUGUACCAGGCCCAAAGGGUAUUGGUGGCACUAGGGCAAGUCCUCAAUUAUAUGGAGAAGUCACCAAUGGAGUAAAUGCAGGUGUAGGUGAAGUUGAAAGUGUGCCCAACAUGAUGCCCAAUGGUAUACCCACUGGCGGGCCACCUGGUGUACCUCCCGGUGUGUCUGGCACAUUACCAACCGGUUUGCCCAAUGUGAUUCCUGCAGGCGUCCCCAAUGGUUUACCUAAUAAUUUACCUAAUGGCGUAUUAAAUGGCGUUCCCAAUGGUGUACCCAAUGGUGUACCCAAUGGUGUACCCAAUGGUGUACCCAAUGGUGUUCCCAAUGGUGUUCCCAAUGGUGUACCAAACGGUUUACUGAAUGGGGGUAUGGCGAGCAACCCAGGAAACUUUGCAACACCCGGGGGUAUUCCGGUGCAACACCCUCUGCAAACUCAGCUUGAUCAAGCCGGUCAAUACCCAUCCUCUCAACAGGCAGGUUCAAAUAUCAAUGUCCCAGUCAGUGCUCCAUCUUUAAGCGCGCAAGAGUUUUUGAGUAAAGUUCCAAUGAAACCACUUUCAAGCUUUCAUGAAUGGUCAGAUAAGUUGACCAAAGAAAACAAGGAGGUUCCCCUUGAUACAAAAGUGUAUGAAACUAUGAUACAAAAGGAUGCGAUGUUUUUGGCUGAACAUUCCAAACAAUCAUUUGAGAACAAAAUGGAAUUGGAAAGCUUGUCGAAAGACUUGCAACAGUACAACAUGGUAAAGCAAUUACGAAUGAACUCAAUUCAAUUGAGUGCAAAAAAUCAAUUGAAUAAUAGUAUAUGGGGCGAAGGGUACCAAGGGUAUGGCAAUGGAGUAACUAAUACUGGUACUAAAUUAUUGUUACCUCCACGCGAUUAUACUGAUCGAAUGAUUAAUGAACGGUUAAUGCGUCAAGACAAACAACUGAAGAACUAUGUGCCGAUACGACUUGAGUUUGACCAAGAACGAGACCAGUUUAAAUUGCGUGAUACAUUUCUCUGGGAUUUAAAUGAAGAGGUUUUGAGUGUUGAGGACUUUACGACCCAAUUAUUGGAAGACUACAAGUUUAUCCCCAAAGUUCAUUAUCAUACUAUAUUGAGUUCGAUCAAGGAGCAGAUUGCAGAUUACCAGCAAAAACCUAUUAAAACGACAGGGGAAUUACGAAUACCGAUUAAGAUUGAUAUUAUCAUCAACAACACUCAGUUGACGGAUCAGUUUGAGUGGGACAUUUUGAAUAAUGGCGAUCUGGACCCCGAGGAGUUUGCAACCAUGAUGAGUGACGAGUUGUAUUUGCCUGGUGAGUUUGCCACAGUUAUUGCCCAUAGUAUCCGCGAACAGAGUCAGAUGUACUUGAAGGCCUUAAAUUUGGCUGGUUACGCUUUUGAUGGUACUCCAGUUACUGAUGAUAGUGUACGCAACCAUCUUUUACCUGCGUUGCGUUUGGUUUCUAAAGACUAUCAGGUUGUAGAUGAUUUCUUUUCGAUUUUGAGGAACCCUUCCAAUGUUUCAGAUUAUUGUCCACAAUUGAUCAAAUUGACAGAAAUGGAAGUGGAGAGAAUGGAUAAAGAACUUGAGAGGGAGAGUAGAAGAAAACGUAGACACAAUUACAAUGAAGAUGCACAAGCUUUGUUUGGUUCUGGAGGUGCUUUUGGUUCGGGUAGUGGAGGUUUUGAAGGUAGAGGAGGUAGUAGUGGCGUUGGUGGCGGUGGCGGUGGCGGUGGCGGUGGUCUUGGUAUUGGUCUUGGCCUUGGUCUUGGCAGUGGUGGUGGUGGUCUUGGUGGUGGUAAUAGUUUUUCGUCAAGUAAUGACCGUGGAAGUGUUGGUUCAAGGGGACUUGUGUCCUCGAGGCGUGCUGCUGCACAUACUGGAAGAGGUACUAUUCUGCUUGACUUAUCAGAUGUUCCCCGAACAUUUAGAACUCCAGCGCCCUCGAGUAUAUUACCAGGUGGAGUUGAUUUGGGUGUGCCUGAUGUUUACGAGUAUAAUGAGGUGGUUGUCAAAAGACUGCAGGUCAAGAAUCCUGAUUAUAGGCCACCUACACCUGAACCCGUAGCGAAUGACUUGGUCACUUAUCAUCAUGAUCCUAUAGAAGGAACAUUUAAUGUGACCAUUAAGUUAUUAGACUAA